AAGGCAUCUACCGUAUAAAUAUUGACCACCCACUCCACCUCGCCUACAGCUUCCUCUUUUUUUUUUUUCUCUUCACCCACGAGCUUUUCCCUCAAGCCGUCUGUCAACUUCGCUUGUUCACUCCUCCAUAGCCAAGUUCGUUACAGUUCGUUACCUUCCAUCAUCAACAGCUUCAAGGUAAACAAGGACCAUCAUGCGUUUCAGCACCACUCUCGCCGUCGUCGCGGCUUCCUGCGGCCUCGCCGCCGCGGCCCCCGCGACUGGCGAUGUCCAGGUCAACCCCGGUCUGCGCCUUGUCAAGACAUAUGAGGAGGAUCCGGGCACCUGGGUCACUGAAGAUGAGAAGUACGAGAAGUACACCUCCAAGGGUAUUGGCUUCAUCGACAUCACCGAUGUCUCCGAUGAGGAGGUCUUGAACGCCCUCUCGAACGGUGGCAACCAUCUGGCUUCUCGUCAGACUGUUGUCUACCCAACCACUCUCAGCCACGUCACCGAGGCCAACUCUCUCAUCACCGGAGUCAGCAACACCAACCCUCAGACUUGGCUUCGCACCUUGACCAACUUCCAAAACCGUCACUACCGCUCUACUUACGGUACCGAGGCCUCCACCUGGCUCUACAACCAGGCUGUCAGCAUCGCCUCCGGCUACUCUGCCAUCACCGUCUCCCGCUUCACCCACUCCUUCAACCAGCCUUCCAUCAUUGUCAAGUACCCCGGUACUAGCUCCAACCUCAUCAUCGCUGGUGCUCACUACGAUUCUACCGCUGGAUCCACCACUGCCCGCGCUCCUGGUGCUGAUGACAAUGGUACCGGCACUGUCAAUCUGCUUGAGGCCCUCCGCGUUCUUGUCGCUGCUGGAUUCCGCCCCCAGAACACCAUCGAGUUCCACUUCUAUGCUGGCGAAGAGGGUGGUCUCCUUGGCUCCCAGGCUGUCUUUGCCAACUACAAAUCUGCGGGCAAGCGUGUCCUCGGUAUGCUGAACCAGGACAUGACUGGAUACUCUCCCGGUGGCAAGGCCACUGUGUAUACCGACUACGUUGACACUGCUUUCACUGCCUACGUCCGCCUCGUCACCACUCAGUACACCGGUGCUGCUCCCUCCAGCUCUUCCUGUGGCUAUGGCUGCUCUGACCAUGCCAGUGCCCGUUCCAACGGUUUCCCUGCUGCCUUUGUCAAUGAGGAGCCCUUCAGCACCUCCAACCCCAAAAUUCACACUUCCAGCGACACCUACGAUAGCGUUCAGUGGAACGCUAUUCUCCGUCACUCGAAGCUCACAGUGGGCUUCCUGGUCGAGGCGUCUUAUCUGGCUUAG